AUGCCUAGAAAGAAGUCUGCCGCCAAAAAAGCCAAAGAGAAUGCCAAGAAAGCUGAGUUGAGGGCUGCUCAGACAGAUGCGACUCCAGAAUCGAUGAGCCAGACUCCCCAGUCGUUGAAGCAGGAGAAAGCUUCAAUUGCGGAAGCAGACGACAGUUACAGCGAGGAGUCUAGUUCAGAGGAAGAAGACGAUUACGGUGAGUUGGUAACGGAAGAAGUGGAGGAUGGGUUCAACCAAGUGCUCACAGCCAUCAGAAACAAUGAUAAAUCACUAUUCGACCCUUCAGUUCGCUUCUUUGAAGAUCCUGAAAAAGCAGCCGCAAAAUUGGCUAAACAGCGCAAGGAAAAGCCGGUGUACUUGAAAGAUUAUCACAGAAUGAACAUUCUUUCUGGGGAAACGUUCAAAGAUGACGACGAAAACGCUGACCUUGCUGACAUUAAGGAAAUGGAAACUGUAGAUGGUAAGCAGUCUUUUGCAUCGCAGCAAAGAGAAGAGAAGACUCAGUUGUUGAAUGAAAUCAAAGAUCAGUUUAAACAAGACUCUGGGUCAGAUGAAGAUGGAGACGAGGACGACUUUUUGGUGAAAAAAGAGCCCGCCAAACGUGAAAGACACAUCCAAAACGCUCUACCAAAUCCAGAGGAGAAUGAUGAGGGUUUUCUUCAAGCUUUCGUGAGCAAACAUGCUUGGGUCCCGAAACAGGGGGACAAAGAAAUAAAUCUUGACGAUCCUGGCAUGCAAGAGGACGAUGAAGAAUUCGAGGACGCAGCAGAGCAAUUUGAAAAUGCCUACAAUUUCCGUUACGAGGAUCCUAAUGCGGCAGAAAUUGUAUCCUAUGCUCGUAAUCAAGCGACCUUGAGAAGAGGUGCCGACAACCCCCGCAGACGUAAGAGAGAGGAGGAGAAAAAGCAGCUGGAGGCUGAGAAGAAAGAGAAGGAGACACAUGUUCAAAAGAAAAAGAUAGAAAAGGUGAACAAACUCACUGACGUGCUAGAACAGGUCAAGAAGGACUAUGGUGCCGAUAUAGACGAAAGUAUGGUCAAGAAACUCACAAGCUCACUACUCAACGGAGACUUUGAAGAUAACCAGUGGGAUUCUGUUGUUAACGAGCUUUUCAAUGAUGAAUUCUACAAUCAAGAGGGAAAGCCUACGUGGGACGAAAACGACGAAAUAAUGGGCGACUUUUAUAAAGGCGACCAGGAGAAAGAAGAUGAAGACAGUGACGGUGAGCAGGAACCUCUCACAAAAAAGUCGAGAAAGGAAAAGAAGCAAGAGAAGUCCUCCCAGAAAAAAGAGAAGAAAAAGAUAUCUGAGUUGGUAGAGAGCGCUGUAGAAAAUGAAAAGCUAGCAAUUGUCGACGAGGUUGAGAAAGAAAGAAAAUCACGUUCAAGAACAAAGGACGAUGGUGAGAUGAAAUUUCGCUACCGAGAGGUUUCUCCCGAGUCGUUUGGACUUUCCUACAGGGAGAUUUUUGCAGCAGAUGAUACUGAUCUUAAUGAAUUCAUUGGUCUUAAGAAGUUUGCUCCUUACAGAGCUAAAGAGCUGAGGGCGAAAGACCGUCGUAAAGUUACGAAAAGUCGACGCAUAAGAGAAUGGAGAAAGAAGACCUUCGGUAAAGAAGAGCCGCUCGACGAAGCCGAAAGUCAAGAAGCUCCGGAAAAGAAAAAAAGGCAUUCUAAGAAGACAAAAAGCUCUUCUGAUCAAUAA